AUGAUCUACGCAAGGAAUCUUGGCAUCACUUGGUCGGACAACAGCGAGUAUUGGUCAUUGCAAUCUCUCCAGUACGGAGCAUCAUGCGUUGAAGCUGCUGUGCUUAGAAACGUUUGUUGGUUAGACGUGAAUGGAACCUUCGACACGAGAGUACUAACUCCAGGGACGAGGUACGAGGUUGUGUACGUGGUGAAGUUAGAAGAUACAGCUUCUGGAUGGGAGACACCAGUGAACCUAAAGCUGACCUUGCCCUGCAAUAGGGCGCAAGAGCGGAGUGUGAGGUUGAACGUGUAUAUAGGGAGAAGCUGGGUAGCCAUACCAGCCGGUGAGUUCAUAACGACGCCGCAGAAUGCCGGACAGAUCAGUUUCUCCAUGUAUGAGACUGCAUCCAACUCUUGGAAGAAAGGGCUCAUUGUAAAAGGUGUUGAGAUUCGUCCCAAAAAUUAA